AUGUCCCUCCUUCGAACUGCCCUUUCAAACGUUACCAGGGCGACUCCCAGAACCGCCCCUAUCGCCAAAGCAGGAGCUACCUUCCUGAGGGCCUACUCUACUCCCACUUCCCCCUUGGGUAAAGAUGAGAAGAACGAUGCAUACGAGAAACAUCGAGUGGAAGUAGAACCCAACAUGGCUUCCAUUGAUGAAUCUAUCACUUUCACUCAUCCCAAAAAAUGGGACAAACACCCAGGACACGAUAUGCAAAGUGGGGAUUUCGGUAGACAUACCAAACGAACCCUAGCUUCAUUCUCAAUGGACGGUAAAGUCUGUCUCGUAACUGGUGCCGCAAGAGGUUUAGGUAACAUGAUGGCUAGAACAUUUGUUGAAUCUGGGGCCAAUGCGAUCGUCCUGGUCGAUCUCAAGAAGGAAGAUGCUGAAAAAGCCGCUCAAGACCUCGUCAAGUGGUUUGUCGAAAAUGGAGAAGCUGAAGAAGGUGAAAUUGAAGCACUUGGAUUAGGUUGUGAUGUCUCAGAUGAAGCUUCCGUUCAAGCAGUAUUCAAUACUGUCAAAGAGAAAUUCGGUAGAUUAGACGCUUGUGUUACUGCCGCUGGUAUCGUGGAAAAUUUCGUAGCUCAUGAAUACCCCACUCAAAAAAUCAGAAAGUUGUUGGAUAUCAACGUGAUGGGAACUUGGUUCUGCGCUCUCGAAGCUGCUAAACUCAUGCCUGAAGGUGGAUCAAUCACUCUUGUUGGAUCCAUGUCUGGUUCCGUCGUCAACGUCCCUCAACCUCAAACCCCUUACAACUUCUCAAAGGCCGGUGUACGACACAUGGCUCGAUCACUCGCUGUUGAAUGGGCGACCAAAGGUAUCAGAGUAAACUGUCUUGCGCCAGGAUACACCCUCACCAAUCUCACCAAAGUAAUCCUCGAUGCUAAUCCAGUAUUGAGAGACGAAUGGUUGCAUCGAAUCCCAAUGGGUAGAUUAGCAGAUCCAUCAGAUUUGAAAGGUGCUGUCAUCUACUUAGCAUCCGACGCUUCUAAAUACACUACCGGUGCAGAAAUCGUUGUGGAUGGUGGUUAUACUUGUUUGUAG